AUGCAAGCAGAGUACGAGUCACUAAUGGACAAUAAAAUUAAUACCUGGACAUUAGUCGAUGAACCAGAAGAUCAACAAGUCUUACCUGGAAAAUGGGUGUAUAAAGUAAAGUAUGGAGCAAACGGCCAAGUCGAUACGCUCAAGGCAAGAUACGUAGCAAAGGGUUAUGCUCAAAUCGAAGACCUAGAUUUCUUUGACACAUACGCUCCAACAUGCAAGCCAGAAACUUUUAGAAUUCUAUUAGCAACUGCAGCACGAAAGGACUUAUAUCUUGGUCAGAUGGACGUGAAAUCAGCCUACCUUCAUUCCAAAAUAGAAGAAGAAAUUUAUCUGGAGCAGCCAGAGGGGUUUGUCAAGAAAGCAAGCUCAGGACAAAAGCUUGUGUGCAAAUUGAACAAAUCAAUCUAUGGUCUAAAACAAGCUGCGAAAAACUGGUAUGAAGCUCUGACAAGUCUACUUCUCAAGAAAGGAUUCAAACGAAGCUGCAACGACUAUUGCCUAUUUGUAAGAAAGGAAGAAAAUGGAACAUUUUCCUAUGUGUUAGUCUGGGUAGAUGAUAUAGUCGUGGCUGGAGCGACCGAAGAAGCAAUUAACGAAAUUAAAUCAAUGUUAAAUGAAAAUUUCAAGAUGGACGAUCGUGGCGACCUAAACUGGUUCUUAGGAAUGCAAAUCCUGCGAUCGCACGACAAGAUUACAGUGGAUCAAAUGAAGUAUAUCGAAACUGUUCUCCAAGAAUUUAACAUGAGUGAUUGCAAAGCUGUAGCAACACCCGGAGAAGUAAAUCUAAAGCUAGUCAAAAGUAACGAAGGAAAGAAAUUAGUAGAUCCGAAGCUGUAUAGAAGUUUAGUUGGCUCUCUUUUAUUCAUUGGCAAAUAAACCCGUCCAGAUAUUCUAAAUAUUGUUAAUCAGCUGUCACGAUUUCUCGAUAAACCUGACGAAUCACAUUGGAAGGCAGCAAAGCGCGUACUGAGAUACCUCAAAGGAACUACCGACUUACGAUUAACAUUCGUGAAGAAUUCCAGCUGUGAUAUUGUUGGCGAUUCGGACGCAGAUUGGAGUGGAGAUCUCAACGAUCGCAAAUCGACAACUGGAUACUACUUUAAAUUCGAAGGAAAUGGAGGUGCCAUCAGUUGGGAGGUAAAGAAGCAAGCAACCGUUGCCUUAUCAACAGCGGAGGCGGAAUAUCAAGCCAUGGCGGCUGCUGCACAAGAAGCAAUCUACUUACGAGCUCUACUAAAGGAUUUUGGUUUCCCAAUGGAGAAAGCGACAGAUAUUGGAGAAGACAACCAAUCCUGCAUUAAGAUGUGUCACAAUCCCGUGAUGCAUAAACGGUCAAAACAUAUCGACACGAAGCUACACUUCAUUCGAGAAAGGGUAGAAAAUAAAGAAAUAAAGAUACAUUAUGUUCCAACCGAAGAAAUGACUGCGGACAUUCUGACGAAAUCAUUACCUCGAGUGAAAGUGGCAAAACACAGAACAGUACUCUUAGGGAAUUAA